GGUUUUUAUUGUCGUCUGCAGCCGAACUGGAAAGGUGAGGCAGGAAAAGGGCUACGCCUUCGCCGGGGCGAGACUCGGAGCCGCACAUGGUGCCGGCAGCCGCUCGCCCCCGGCACCGCGGGUGCAGUUCUGAAGGAUCCCAGCCCUUCGCCUGGAAGGAGCCGAUGCGAUGGAAGGAGAUCAGCCCCCUCUGACUGCAGAAGAGCUCACAACCCCUGUCCUGAAGAAGGCUCACACCCCACCUCUCCAUGAGGACGCCAACACCGUGGUCAUCGCAGUGGUCAUCACCCUGGUCUUCCUCACCCUGCUGACGGUCCUGGUGGUGAUCAUCAUCUACCUGUACAGAAACAAAGGCAGCUACCUCACCUACGAGCAGCCGGCGGCAGAGACCGACGUCUCGGUGCAGAUGGAGGAUGCUCCAUCCAAAGAGAAAGAAGAGUAUUUUAUCUAAGCCCCAGCGCGCUCCUUUUUCACCGCGCUCCGGUCCAAAUGACCCGAAUUUCCUGGAGCCGGGGGAAUCUACAAGCUGCUUUUUGUUGUUGUUGUCAUUGUUGUUUGUUGUUGUUAUUUUCCUUAAUUUAUUAAGCCAAGCACGGAAGGAAAAAUAAACCGGUGCGUGGCGGAGCUUUGCCCGUUGCUGCCCGGAGGGCGGGGAGGACGCCCGCACCCCCCGCGUCUCCUCCCUUCGCCGCACCCCAAUACAGCCCGGUGACAAACGCUCCGAGUCGCUCAUUUCUUUUGCCGUAUCUCACCAAACAAUUAAAUUAUUCCGCGGACGGGUCGGGGGUGGGGUAAUUAGCAUGGCUAAUGUGGAGGGUAAGGUUAAGCGCGCCACGUAAAAUAGCCGGAUGGAUGGGGCGAGCGAGGGAAAGCCCCGUCAUCACCUAAAAACGCAGAGAAACUCAUCCCUGCCCCGAGAGGCGCCUGAUCUCGCAGGGUUCGGGGAAUCGGGAGCGGGUUUGCUUCAUCCCGGAGCCACUUUUAGCACCGACACAUCGGUUUUCCUCCGUUUUGGGGCCAGGAGCAGCUCCAGCCGUCCCUCCCCUGCUGCCUCAGCGAGGGCAGUUCCUCCUUUCAAUCAAAAACUUAAAAAAAAAUAAAAGAGCGAGCUGCCAAAAAGGAAGAAGUUCACAAAACAGCAGCGAGGAGGAAAUAAGUGAAGAAACCCGAAGGCUCGCGAUGGGCAGGAGCCAAUGGGUUUUAUUUGAGGUCGAACGCCAAUUUGCUUCAAAUUUUGUUCAAAUUUUCAAAAUAGUCUUUAUUCUACUUUUUUUUUUUUUUUUUUUAGUAUAAAAAAAUCCACAAGGUAAGUGCACCACAGUGUAUACAGAGAGAGACGUAAUGCUGAACUUUCAUAACAGUCAGUCGUAUGGUUAAACACAACAUAGACAAGACACGGAUUUAGAUUAAACCGAAACCUCGAGAUAAAAUAUAUUUGAAUCUGAGCUUUUUUUUUUUUUUUUUUUUCUCUCUGCGGAAAACAAAA